UGGCUUUGGUUGGCCCAUGAGUCUCCUUCAGAGCCGGCCAGAAGAGUCUUCCAGACCUUUGACCCGGAAGAUAAUGGGUUCAUUCCAGACACACUGCUUGAAGAUGUUAUGAAAGCAUUGGAUCUUGUCUCCGAGCCAGACUAUGUGAAUCUGAUGAAGAGUAAGCUGGAUCCAGAGGGGUUGGGUGUUAUUCUUGUAGGUCAGUUUCUACAGGAGUUCUUCCCUGAUCAGGAUUCUGUGAUCCCAAACUCAUUUCCUGUGUAUCACUAUAAUGGCCUGAAGCAGUCCAACCAUAAUGAGAAGGUAAGAUACAAACUCAUGCUCAUUUUGUAAUGCCCACGCAUGCAAGCACACUUUAAUAGCACAUAUUGCCCCUACUGGGAUGAACACCCUGGUGGGUCGGUCUUAUCCUGUCUGAUCCCUGGGAUGUGGAGUCUGUGAGCCACCACGACCUAUGGGCCCACACGACUACGAUCUCUCAGACUAGCCAUUCAAGUCUUUUCCAUGAGUGUUGACAGCUAUCAAGACUGGGAAGAGUACAUCGAAGCUGUUUCGCUGGACUAAUGCCUCAGGCUCUCUGUUCUCUCUUUAUUUGAUUUUGUGUUUAUAAAAAGUCAAACUGAGAAACACGAUUUGCAUAAUUUAAAAGACACAGGUUCAAAUGCAUUUUAGUGUAAUAUUUCCAAUUUGACUUGGUGGUUUCUCAAUGUUAAUUUGGCAAAACCUGAUGAAAUUUAUAAAUAUGCUUUAAAAAGGAAGA